UGGCCAAGAGCGCCAGGACAGCGCCUUUAAGUCACCAAAGAGCCACAGGACUUGCUUAAUUUCUUUGGAAAUAAUUAUUUGUAACACAGUGCUUGUUUUCAGCUUUAUCAAUAACGCUCGGCGGCGAGGUGGAGUUUACAAAGAAAGAGAAAUAUUGAAUUGGCUUGAUCUUUUUCUUUCUGUCAUUUGGAACCGCAAAGGAUAUUUGGGGAAGAGCGCUGUGCCUUUGGAGCUGCCAUUCAAAAUGACAGACGUCGUUUCGGCAAUGGAUACAGAGCCAAACAACCCGGCGAGUGUCCUCGAACUGGAGUCAGAUCACAGCCGUGGUUCUCCUAAGAGUCCACCAUUGGACCUGACUGACACAGGAAAAGGACUGAAAGUACAAACCACGACCCCUCACCUAGUCAGCCUGGGCAGCGGAAGGCUCAGUGUAGCCAUUACUUUACUACCUCUAAAGGAGGGUAUGAGCGGAGGCCUGCGAUCGGACGCCGCUCAGGACAUCACUAUUGAGGGUCCCGGCAUUGAAGCCAAACACUGCAGGAUUGAGAACAGAGGAGGGGUCGUCACUCUUGACCCAUGCAGACACCUGUGUUCACUCGAUGGAGUUCCUGUUACCAGACCCACACAACUUAUGCAAGGUUACACACUCUGUUUGGGUAAAUCUUAUAUCUUUCGCUUUAACCAUCCUAAGGAGGCCAACCGUAUGAAAAGCAUGCUGCCUCAGAAGAGCCCCGUCUCUCCGCUGGUGUACAGCACAGAUUAUCUGAAGUUCAGCAGUGACUUCAGUCAUUGUCUGGGUGGCUCUGGCUCUAGAGGGAUGCGCUCCGUCUCCGAACUGCGGGAUUUGAUGGACACUUUACAAAAAAAGAAGCAGGCAUUGGAGAACAGCUUGCGAGCCAAUGGGGAUUCAAGCCCCUCCUACUUCAGCAUGACACCGUCUCCUCCCACCACACCCAAUUUGCUGUCACCCAUCAUCACUUCCUCCCCAAUAUCCUAUCAAGAACAAACCCGCCGAUUGUACAGCUCUGAAAGGCCACCACUUGCGGCCAAAGUGCCAGGACAUUCGUCCAGCGGCAUGCCUCCAUCUCCUCGCCGUUCUGACCCUCGAGAGCGUGACGCAUCACUUCCUUAUUCUCGACCCAUGACCCGGAACCAAUCUCAGGAUAGCCUGCUCCUCAAUACAUCAGACAGUCGCCGUGCUGGGACCACAGGCUCAGCUCUCUCGAUGUGGAACGGCUCAUCCACCGGUGCAACUGAUUCCCUCCCUCCAACACCAGUGGGCGGUAGUGGUGCAGCCAGCAUGCCAUCUAGUCCCCGUCUGUCUCGUAGAUUCAACACCCCAGAUGCAGGUUGUAAUGGAGGACUCGAACCCGCUCCACGGCAACGAAAGUACUCCGCUGGGUCACUUACAGGCAUGAGCUCGCACAGUCGCUCCCUACCACGCCUCUAUCGACCUGCCGACAGUCAGCUUACCCUCCUGCCAAGUUAUCGGUCUCCUGACAGCCAGCUUUCUCAUCCAACUGGUGCUAGCCACCAGAAUGGUCAUUCUGAGGUAGUCUCCAUCUCGCUGUCCAACAGACCUGUUACCAAACAUACCGUAGCCCCUCCGGAUGUCACCAUGACAUCGGGAGAAGCUACCAGCCCCCGCCAGGCCAAGAAGGUGAGUUUGACAUCCAUCAGCUGCUACUCAGAACUGGACAGGCAAGCCAUGCGUGGUCCCUCGCCAGCUCUGGAGAUUGGUCUCGGGGAGAGGAGGCAGUCUUUCGGAAAGGCAGGGCUGGGUCCGCCGAGUGGCUUCAGGGAGAGAAAGGGCAGCAUCAGCUCUCUCAGCGGAAAGGAAGAGCUUCAAGACUACCAUCAGAGACAGAGGGACGAAAGACUGCGGGAACAGGAAGUGGAGAGACUGGAACGUCAGCGUCUGGAGACUAUCCUUAAUCUGUGCUCUGGGCUGGACCGUGCAGAGCAGGACAAAACUGGCUUGGCCGUUGCAGACUUGCAGAAGAUCAACAAGGAGCUGGAGAAAUUACAGGUGUCAGAUGAUGAGUCUACGUUCUCAGACUCUGCAAGUCUGUCAGCCAGCAUUUCUGCUGAAAAUGACUAUGGGCUUAAAGCCCGGGAGACCCAGUCCAGCGAGGAGAGACAGGUACGGCAGCGCAAAAACAGUGGACACAGAGAAGUCAGGGCGGAGACAACAGCUGUCUUUGUCUCUGCUCCCACCCCUUCUCCUCGGCUGACACGGAUAAACAAGGCGCCUGAGGAUGACACACAGCUGAAGUUGGACGUGAGACGUAUAGAGGAGGAGAGGAUCCAGGUCCUGAAUAAUAUGGAAGAGUUAGAGCUGAAGAUCAAAGACCUGGACAACCAGAUGGAGGAGUCCAUCAGAGAGUUGGAAGUGGAGCGCGCUCUGUUGGAAGGCGAGCAGGAUUCGGAGACGGCUCAGCUACAGCAGGAGAAAGACGCUUUGGAGCAACUUAAAGAGAAGAUGGCUGACAUUGAGAACAAAGCACAGACGGAAAAAUCUCAGGACAAAGCCAAGCUAGAUGCGGAGCGUGUAAAGUUAGAGCGACUGGUGCAUCUGCUUGCAGAGCAGAAGACUCAGUUGGACACCUGCCCCGAAGCCUUGAAAGAGCAACUUCAGCUGCAGCUCUGCAGGGAUGCAGAGAUGCUAGAGGUGGAGACCAAGCAGUUUGAAGACCUAGAGUUUCAACAGCUGGAACGAGAGAGUCGUCAGGAUGAGGAGAAAGAGACUCGGACACAACAUAUUCUCAGGGAGAUCGCAGAAUACCAGAGGAGCACCGUGACACGGAAGGAGAGGCUCCUGGCCCUGAAGAAACAGCAUACCCAGAUUUCCCAGCAGGCUCAGAGGGACAAGGACAACUUUGUGAAGGAAAAGAACAAUCUUCAGAUGAUGCUACAGCGGGAAAAAGAGAAUCUCAUCAACUUGGAGAAGAAAUAUUCUAAACUCACUGGGGCAUUGGGUUUCCCUGUCAGGCCCAUCAGUAUGAAGGAGGAUUGCUUCCAGUUGGCCGACGUGUGUCCACCUCAUAGUGAAUUUUGCCAUGCCCAUAAAACCCUGUCUCCACUUCCUGCUGACCUGCUGAUGUUUUCUUCUCUUCUUUCCUCUCUGACUAUCAAAAAUGCUGAGGUAACGCACUAUCUGUUCCUGUCUUUGCCAAAGCACUCUCCUUCUUCCUGUCCACUGUCCUCCUCCAUCCCUUCUUCCUCUUUCACUGCAUGUUCUCGUCCCAAUCCUAAACCUCCCUCUGUGCACUGGCCUGAAGACAUGGUCACCUUCCUCAACCCUUCUCCUCCUCCUCCCCCUCUACCUGCCAAAAAACAGCGCCGCCACAGGCAGCAUUUCCGCACCCUAGAAGAAAGGAAGCGGUAUGGUAAGGAAGGCGGACCUCAUUUGAGUGACACUCUUCCUCGGAAGAAGACCCAGCCCACCAUAACCCCACAGUUCAUCUGUGCCACCCUGGGUCGUAACAUACCCUCUAAAUCUCAUCCACCUUUAGCUCAAAGCUCCAGCUGUGGGAGUGUGUUGAACCGAGCUCUUGCCAUCUCCCCUAAAGAGACACACAUGGAUACACACCGCCUGCUCAAGGGGCACAGUCAGCAGCACAUUGGCGAGGAGCACCGAACGAGGUUGAGUGAUCUGGGUGGCCGCGCAUCCUCACAGACCAACGUCUACCUGGAUUCCUUUGGUUACCAAGACAACGGCCGUGCCUUUGACACGCUGAGUGUGGACAGUUCAGACAGCAUGGAAACCAGCAUUUCUGCCUGCUCGCCCGACAACGUCUCCAGUGCCAGCACCUCCAAUGUUUCCAAGAUCGAGGAGAUGGAACGUCUUCUCCGGGAGGCCCAGGUGGAGAAGCACCAGCUCCUGGAACACAGGGAGAGAGAGAUGGAGAGUAAGAGCAGGGCUCUUGAAGAGGAGAGGAGACGGCGAGAAGAACUAGAAAAACGGCUGCAAGAAGAAACCUGCAGGAGGCAGAAACUCAUAGAGAGAGAGGUGAAACUUCGUGAGAAACAGAGAGUACAGUCUCGUCCUCUCACACGCUACCUACCUGUAAGAAAGGACGACUUCGACCUUCGUGGCCACAUCGACUCAGCCGGCCACAACACAGAGACUUGUUACCAUGUCUCCAUCACAGAGAAAACCUGCAGGGGCUUUCUUGUUAAGAUGGGCGGCAAAAUCAAAACAUGGAAGAAGCGCUGGUUUGUCUUCGACCGUAACCGCAGGACCCUGAGCUACUAUGCAGAUAAACAUGAGGCCAAACUGAAAGGAGUGAUUUAUUUCCAGGCCAUAGAGGAAGUGUAUUACGACCACUUAAAGAGCGCCCACAAGAGUCCAAACCCUUCACUUACCUUCAGUGUGAAGACUCAUGAUCGUGUCUACUACAUGGUGGCACCCUCUCCAGAAGCUAUGAGAAUAUGGAUGGACGUUAUCGUUACGGGGGCGGAGGGAUACACUCAGUUCAUGAUAUAGAUGUUGUCUGCCAGCAGAGAAGCAAUAAAAUGUGCAGUGUGUGGACUUAAAAACCACCGGACUUGAUCUGCCCUCUUUCACAUGCUGGUUUCAGUACUGAUUCCCCCAAACGCUGGACUGAUAUUAUUUUUGCGUUCGUAUCUGUUUUUCGAUGUCAAUCCACAGUAUUGAAGCUUUUCUCUUUGCUGCCUUUGUUUUGUUUUUUUCAUGCAACAUGAACUUUUACUUGUUGGCCCAGAUGAUGGAAUGGAGCACAUAUCCUAUAAUUUUGUGUGAAUGUUUGUGCUCGUGUCUUUUGGUAUUUCGUCUGUCUGAUUUUGUGAAGAGAGAAAGACUUGUUAAAUGAUAUUCAGUGCCAGUGUGCCACUUUGUGUGUGGUCUGUUUGCUACCUUGUGUACAGGGCCUCGGGGACACACACAUUAUGAUAUAAACAGCUGUCAGCUGUUCUGCCAAAGAUGAAAUGCACACUGACCACACGCUAUCGAGUUUAUGUAUAGAUGCGUGUGUUGGUGUUUGCCAGUGCCUUCAUUUCUGUAUUAUACUGAUAUAUGCCUUUAUACUCAACAUUCAGAUUAAUCAAAGGUGCUAUAAGACACGCAUUUGUGGCUACUUUAACACUACAGUUAUUCAUUACAAAUGUCUCACAACUUCCGAAACAUUAAAGCUGCUUGCAGUUAAGGUAUUACACAGAUUCUAAAGGAUAGAACAUCCUGUUUUGAAUUAUACUACACAAAGACUUAGGUUUUUAGUAUGUUUUAUAAUACUUGAUCAUUGUAUCAUAAUGCAUUUGCAUUUUUAUUAACCGUAUUUAAUGCUUUUGGCCCGUUUUUAGGCUUUCAUUACUUGUAUUUGGUUUGACGACAUCAGAAAGAAAAAAAAGAUGAUCCCUAGAAUUUAGCUUCAGGUUAAGCCAGUAGCUACUACAACACAACGUGUCCUUAAUUGCCUAUAUACGUUUUGUGUUAGUACAAUUUUGUGUUAGUACGAAUUUAUUAGUUAAAGUCCUAUCAGACUGGAUUUCAAGUGUAAUUUCACUUCCACCAGCAGGGGACGACAGCCAUCCGAGACAUUCACACGUGCUGAACAUGUUAGCUAUAAGGUUUCAUCUGUGAAUAAGCCACAGCCAGUAGUCUGUUUUGAAUUGUUAAUACUCAUUUGAGAUGUAUAUUUAUACUUUUGUUUACCAUGCAUGCACCUUUAUUUUUGCAUACCGAAAAUAAAGCAGAUGUAU